AUGGGAAAUUGUCUAAAGCCUCUCAAAGAACAACCUCCUUCAAUCGCUCUCAAGCCUCUCAUCAUCCCUCCAAUUUCAUCAGGGGAGACAGAAGAGGGGAAUUUGAGAGUGUUCAGCUUUGCGGAGUUGAACAAGACAACCAAGAAAUUCACACAAUACAUGAGAAUAAAUGGUGAUCCAAGAGGCUUUUCACGAACAUUCUACAAGGGGUACAUCAACGAGACCACAUUUUCUCCAUCAAGAACUGAAACUAGCAUUGCUGUUUCUGUCAUGGAAUGUCAUCAAGCUGAUUCACAGCCUCUAGAAGAGUGGAAGGAAGAAGUGAAGUCUCUAGUAAAGAUGUCACAUCCCAAUUUAGUCAAAAUUUUAGGUUACUGUUGUGAAGAUAACAAAUCCUUCCUGGUUUUCGAAUACUUGCAAAAAGCAAAUUUGGACCGUCACAUUUUCGAAAAGGAAGAAGAGGCAUUACCGUGGGACACACGCGUUAAGAUAGCUAUCGGAGCAGCUCAAGCUCUCGCAUUUGUACAUUCGGUCAAGAACAGCGCGUUAUAUCGAGAUUUUAGAAUGUAUAACAUUUUGCUUGAUGAGCAAUACAAUGCAAAACUGUUCUAUCUCGGAUCAAACAGACUUAGUUUGUUAGAUGAAAGUAUCACAACUGCAUUCAUAGGAAGAACCGAAUACAUAGCUCCUGAAUAUAUAAUCUCAGGUCAUUUGGCCACGAGGAGUGAUGUGUAUACAUUUGGCGUGAUCUUGCUCGAGAUUUUGACUGGUUUGAAAGCUUCAGAUGGAAAAAGAAUGGACAAGAAGCAAAACAUAUUUGUCUCGACUAAACCUUUCUUGUCAGAUAAAAACAAAAUCCGAAAAAUAAUCGAUCCACGACUUGGCGAGGACUAUCCUCUGAAUGCAGUGACAGAGAUGGGCAAACUCAUCAAAAGAUGCAUCAAGUUGGAUGCUAGGAAACGACCAUGUAUGCAACAAGUUGUGGAUAGCUUGAAUGAUAUUGCAGAGAUUAAAGACUAA